AUGCAGGAGGUUGAAGGGAGACAGGCAGGGGCGAGGGAUCUUGCUGGAACCACGUUGGUCCUCCUCUUCUUCUCUCUCGUGCUGAUCCCGCAAGAGUCGAUGGAGGCAGCGACAGGGAAGGAGGCUUUCAUCUCGCCUCUCCGCCCCGUCCUCCCCAAGCAUCUUCCGAGGUUUGCCUUCGGGCGGGAGCAUGCUCCCAUGAAGAUCCCGCUGGUGGUGAACGUGUUUCUGAUCAACUUGGACUACAACUCCAACAACGUCUUCACUUCCCUCUCGGCCUCCGAGUUCGAAGACUUGCUCAUGAAGUCCAUGCCCUCCCUGCAGCCUUCCUGCAUGGAGACCGGCGAGAAGCUGCACGUCUCCUACGACCUGUGGUUCCAUGUCGCUCAUGUCGACGCGAAGUUCAAGAGCGCUCUCGAGCAUGCGGUGAAGACCUCGAUGACACUACAGGAGAGCAAGAGCAAGGCAGGAGAUGCCAAGGGAGACGUGAGAACUAUGGAGGAGGGGGCGAGGCAGGAGGAGCAGGAGGAGCUGCUGGAGUACAGGGUUCCGAUCGAAGGGAGGGUGUAUCAGAGGCUCAAGGAGAUAUACGACACGUACGCGCCUGCGGGGGGAAAGAGGUACAAGUUCGACACUGACAGCGACAAGAAGCAGCCGGAGGAGGGAAGCUGGUUCCACCGGGGAGGAGGGGCCAAGAGCUCUGAGGGGGAGAACUCAGUACAGUCGUACACGCUCUUCAUCGCAAACCUCGACAAGCUCGAGCUCGCUCCUGAGGGGCUGCUGGACAAGCUGCAGGGGAGCAUGGCGGGGAAGAAAGGGAGCGAGCUGAGGAGAGCAGUGGGCUCGCAGUUUGUGUACAGGUACUUCGUUGACCCCGAGGAGGAGCUCGGGGCCGACGCUUUCCUCUGCUACGAUCGCUUCGCCUUCCUGGACCUCAACGCUGGACCGACGCAGUUCGGGAGCAUGAGAGCUGGCGAGGGCGCGGUGAUCACGACCAGCAUCCCUCGCGCCUGGUUCAGCUGGGGGAGGGAGUUGGAGGCUUCCUCGCCCUCCCGCACGUGGCCGUUGGAGGCUCGGCUCGCGAGCAUGGUGCAGUCAGCCGUGUCGCACCUCUUCGUGCCCGACGUGCUGCUGGACGAGCUCGAUGGGUCGGAGGAGGUGUUGGUGGCCCUGAUGGUGCUGCGCGACCAUCGCAACUUCAACCCGCUGGAGGAGGGGCAUGCGUUCUCCAUCGACGUGAAGGGGAUCGAGGAGGAGGUGAAGCGGCUGGCACUGCCGGACCAGACGAUCCACUUCGUGUCUGGGCUGCACAACCUGCAGGAGCACGAGAGGGUCGCGAUCGCGGUGGAGAAGGCGACGAGGACUGACACGUCGCACUCACACGUGAACAAGAAGCUCGUGUCCAACUACAAGCACUACCUCGACAGCAAGACUCUCUUUCUUGAGCUUGAGCGAUCUGGCGACUACUUGACAGCGGGGCUGCUUGAUGCUGGGCACCCGCUUAGGCACAAGUUCUUCGAGGGGAAGGAGGAGGAGGCGGAGGAGAAAGAGAAGAACAAGGCUGGUGGAGCUCGCAAGAGUGCAAGGAAGCGAGGGAUCAGCGGGGGCACUAGAGUUUUGCCUGUCUACGUCCUGUCCCUGCAGCGUCCCAGCGCUCCUCUCAUUCUUGAUGGCGAGGGAGGAGGAGAAGGAACGCUGGCGUACAGCAGCAGAGGCGUGCUUGUUCUCCAGCAUGGCGACGUGACACAGCAGUCGUUGUUCUACGAGCACGAGCAGCUGUCUCUCACUGCUACCAACCCGAGCAAGGCGAUCCUCGCUGGCGUGUGUGCGACGCUGGGAGCCAUCGCUCCUCCUUUCUCUCGCUACUCGCAGCAGCAUCAGAGGAUAGUCACCAACUUCCUCUGGUCCCAAGGAUGGUCUCCAUUUGGACCCUUCGCCUCCAACCUCCGUCUCAGUCAGGUUGACGACUAA